AUGGUAACAAAAUCAGAAUUAAAUUUAUUGAAUAGUUUUAAUAAGGAUGGAAAGUAUGAUAAUUCAUAUGUAUGGAUAAUUACUCAGAAGAAACAACAGCAAUUUGAAUCUGAAUUUAAUAUUACACGAGAAUGCAAAUCUCAAGAAUUAAUAAUUGAAAACAAUCAAACUACACAAUUAAGAACACAUGAAUUAACGGAUAAUUUAGAAAUAUAUAGUCAAAAUUCAUUAAAAUUCGGUUUAAAUAAUAGUUCAAAAUAUGACAGUUUAGCAUCAUCAUUAAUUCCUUUUCAAUCAGUUUCAUCAAGGAAUUCAAUUAAAUCAAACUUAUCUAUUAAAAUAUCACAAUCUCCAAAACAACAUAAAACACCUCUUUUAAAUAUUGAAAUGUCAUUAAACAGUAAACCAACAACACCAAUUAAAACACCACCACCAAAUUCAGAAACUUCAACUACUGUUAAACCAAUUAAAACACCACCACCAAAUUCAGAAACUUCAACUACAGUUAAACUAAUUAAAACACCACCACGAAAUUCAGAAACUUCAACUACAAUUAAACCAAUUAAAACACCACCACCAAAUUCAGAAACUUCAACUACAGUUAAACCAAUUAAAAGAUUUAGAUCUAAAUCUUCAUACGAUUUAAAUUUCCCAAAUUUAAACUAUAGAAAACCUAGAUAG